GCGCUGGACUGCAAAUGUCGAAUAAAAGCGAAAGAUAAUGCGGAUGUCGCCAUAUUGUUGCUGCUACCUUCCUUCUCAGUGUGUACCGUUGCCCUGCAUAAUUGAUGACUCCCAGAGAAAUGCAAGGGAGUGUCGACCAAUAGGUAGCAGGAGAUUCAUAAAAUAGGCAGAUAAUCGAACAAUCAUUGACGGGAUCUCUUCUGAAAAUCUCUCUCUUAUUCAAGUUAUACAAACAAACGAUGUUUAGAACCUCUCCACGAUUAUUCUUCAUUAUUAGCUUGAUACUCCCUGGGAUUGCAGGUUGUGGAAAGCAACUGACACUAGAUCCCCCAAAGCGGUUCCGUAUUUUAGGAGGGCAUUCUUCAUUGAAGGGCGCAUGGCCCUGGCAGGUCAGUAUACAGCGUACCUGGAGGCAUAUAUGUGGCGGGUCCAUCAUUAACCAUCUGUGGAUAAUGACAGCAUCCCACUGCUUCAAGAGUAGCAACAAUUACAAACUCCAUGUAGUGGCUGGAAUUCACUCUCGACACAAAAAAGGAAAGCAUGUUCAGUAUCGCUUUGUUAAGAGAGUGAUAUUGCACGAGAAGUUCAACGAAUCAACCUAUGACAACGACGUGGCACUUUUGCACCUGCAUCAUCCGUUGCAUUUCACAAAUCACGUUCAGCCUGUUUGCAUCAUUGAAAAUGAAAUGCAAGAGAAUCAACUCAACUUCAGCUCAUGUUAUAUUACUGGCUGGGGCAGCUCAAUAGCCAAAGUUUCCUUAGUUAACAUUCUUCAGGAAGCUGAAGUUCAGCUCAUCGAUACUAGGACCUGCAACCAGAGAGACUGGUAUAAUGGCCAUGUUAAUGAUAACAUGAUUUGUGCAGGAUUUGAGAGUGGAGGAGUUGACACGUGUCAGGGUGACAGCGGUGGCCCUCUACAGUGCUACAGUGAAGACCGGGAAAGAUUUUACCUAUACGGUGUGACAAGUCAUGGACAGGGAUGUGCAUUGCCAAAGAAACCUGGCAUAUAUACUCGUGCUAGCCGCUACACAGUCUGGCUGACAGAAGCUCACACAAGAUCUGUUUCAAGAGCCUCAGUCACACACCUGUCACUUAUAAAAUUAAUCGUAGGCCUGUUUUUCUCUUUCUGUAUGAACCUCUUAGUUUGAGUUACAAUCCAUUUGAGAAAAUGCAGGUUACCUGUGAUUGCAAUAAAAAGUUUAAAACCCUUA